GACAAGUUAAUAGUAUGGACAUUGCACAACUCGAAAGCUUGCCCAAGGCUGAGCUAAUUCAGAAGUUGAUAGAAUUUGAACGAGCUUUAAGUGAGUUUCAAGAAUCUUCUAGAGAAUUAGAAAUAGCAUUGGAGCAAGAAUUAAAGAUUGUCGAAGAGGAGAAUGAACAUCUUCAUGAAGAUGUAACGAGAUUAAGUAAUGAAAAGAAUCAACUUGAACAAGAAAAUCAUAAAUUAAGUGCGACAAUUAUUGCGUAUGAAAUUUCUGCGGAUGAGUAUCAAUUAAAUGAGAGAUUAACUAAGGAAGAACUUCAUAGAAAUACUGAAGUAAGUAAUACUUAUUUAGAAAAAAUUGCUAUACUUGAUAAUGAUUAUGAACUUUUAAAAGAUGAAAAUUUAAUCCUACAACGGCGAAUUCAAGAAUUAGAGAAAGAAUUAGUUAAAGCUAAGAGACGACUGUAUUAUUUUAAUAGUACUUUAAGUAGUGUAUCGGAUGGAUUCGAAGAGAAUGAUAUUGAAGAUAAUGAAACUGAAACGAAUGAAACCACUCUUGAAUCAGUUAAAGAUGAUGAAGAAGAUACAGGAAAUGGAACUAUUAUAAGUAUAGGAGAAGCCUUACGUUCGGCACCUCCAUUCUUUAAACUGAUAUCCAAUCGGAAUCUCAGUAUUCAUCUCAAUCCCAACUCCAAUCCCAACUCCAGCUAUAAUCUUAAUCCCAAUAAACGUCGGUCACUUUCGGGCCGGAAGCAGAACCUAAGCUUUAGUUAUCAUGAUUAGUUAAUGACAUAAUGAAUAAUAGAUAGUAAGAAC